GUCUUCGUUUUUAAAAAUCAGCUUUUAAAUUUGUUUUACAUGAUAAUGUCCUUAAUUCCUUGAUUGAUUCAGAUUGUUGCUUAGAUCUUUAAUAAUUUAUUUUUUGAUUCACUAAACCUCAUUAUUAUGGGGACAUUGUUUAAAAAUCAGAAUACUGACGAUAAUAAGAAAAUGCCUGCUGAAGAUAUUGAAAAUUUUUGUAUCAAAAAAGCCAAACUAAGCAUUAGCAAUGGCGACUCUAAUUUAGCUAAAUCAUGGUUUCUCGCUGCUUCAAAUUUAUUCCCUGAUUCCCAUGCUAUCAAGUUUGAACAGUAUUUACAAGCGAAGGAGGAAGGACGUUUAAUGGAUGCAUGUCGUCAUUUGGAUGAAAUUUUUUCCCAAAAGAAUCAAUCAAUGAGUGUUAAUAUUAAUCAAGAGAUGCAGAAAAUUAUAACAGCAGUUAAAGGAACUAUCAAUAGCCCAAGUUCAACAUUUUAUCGUAACCUUUUCAAUUGUUUUUCGCCAGCUGCUCAACAUAGACUUCUUCUUGAUGUUGCUAAUCUGUGUGCUGAUCCAAUGGAAGCAUGCCAAUUGAUGUUGUUAAUUAUGAAAAAGUUUCCUAACAAAAUUAACGAGCAUGCUAGUAAUCUGCUGCAAUUGAUUAAAAGAGCUGAAGAAAAUCAAGAAAGUCUUAGAAACUCAGACUACUUCAACAAGUUGCUGGUUUUUGAUAUUUUGCCUGUUAUUUUGUCUCCUGAAUCAAAUCUUGAUACUUCACUCUCUUUAAUGUUAUCAUUGCUGGAUCGGACUAUUGAAUUUUAUUGCCAUAUAAGUAUCAUAGGACAACUCAAAGAUGAAGAGACUAUUAACGAUUUGCAUGUCAUGGAUAAAGAAACCGAAGCCCGUUUCGAAGACGUUUUUAACAUGUUUGGAAAGCGUCUUGGCUGGGAUCUUUUGGUGUGUGAGGAACAUCGGACUCAAGAGAGUUUUCUUUCUGGUAUAAUUCUAGCUCAUCUCCAAAAAAUCAAAAAAUUUUUCCAAGAUAUUACAACUGUUAGUAUGAGUUCAGAAGCCGAUGGCCCUAUAGAUCUUAGCUCGUCCAAUGCUAAAGUUGACUACAGAGGAAUUCAUGUUAGUCAAGUAAUAUAUGGUGCCUUUUUACUUUUCGUACGUUGUCUUCAUAAAUAUAUGAAAGAAACUGCGGGAAAAUUGAUUCUCGUUGAGCAAGGAGCCUCUUACAAAGGAGAUCCUGUCAAAAAGCGAAAAAUUCAUCUAAAAUCUUCGUCACCAAUCAUUUUUACCGAUAAUUCCGAACUUCAAGAAAAUUUUACUGCUGCUCUUCAGGCUAUUGAAUUUCUCAAUCAGGAUUAUAAUUUAAUAAAAGAAACAUCAACCAAGUUUCAAGCUACGAAAGUAUUUGAGUCACGAGUGUAUGAGAUGCUCAAACAAGAUUGCCUUAUUUACCGGGGUAAUCAUGAUGAAUGUGUAAAGUCUCUUGAAGCAAGUUGUAAAACAAAUGUAAAGUCUUGUCUUCAAUCAAUUUCAGCUGCACUUAUGAGCUAUAAUUAUUCGCUUGCUCUGAAAUAUUCUCUCGAUGGUGUUUCAAUGUUAACGAAAGUUCCUGAAUCCAAAGAAGAAGAUGAUAAACCUAAGAUGGAAUGCAAUAAUAAUUAUGGACGUCAAGUUGUUUUCAUCAAUUACAACAGAAAUGACAUCUUAACUUAUUGCAUUGAAGUUAUCAUUUCAUGUCUGAAAGAUCGUGUUCUUCUUUCUGUCAAACCAUCUGACCUCGGAUUAGGACAUCUGAUAGUUUUAUCCCAAUACAACUGGCCUAAAGAGGUUGAUCUUUUUCUCAAAUGUAUUGCGACUAUACGAAAAAAAGUUACUGGAUCUCCUACUACAACGGUGAAAUUUGUUUACCUGCAUUUCUGUGAUUUUAUUUUCAAUCCUGAUAUAUUGGAAGAGUUCAUGUCAUUAGUAAAUGCGAAAGGAAUCACAUUAGAAAUCAAAGAUCAGGGGAAAGUAACUCCUCAAAUAAGUAAAUUUUCUAAAUCUAAAACUAUGACUACUCGAGGAGUCAACAAAAAUGCCAAAGAAGAGAUCAAAACAAUUCUAGUAAACCAGAUGAAGAAAAGCAAAUUCAUUUUGGAACCGUCAUUGUUCACUAAUUUUAUUCUUGACCACGUAAAAGAUCUAUCUUAAGAUGAAAUUUAAAUAUAAAACUCAUAUAUUUUAUUAACAGCUUGUAAAUUAUCGAAAAUACAGAUUAAAAUGUAAAGUUUUGCUUGCUAAUAUAACUUCAAUUUUUAAAUCAAA